UAACUUGUUGAUUCUCUCACUAUAAAAGAAAAAAGAAAGUGGUGAAGAGAUGAUCUUCAUUCCCUCUCUCGCGAAUCACACAGUCUCUUUCAGAUCCUUAUGGGUUUGGAGAGAUCGUUAGGGGAAGCAAUGGAGAGGAGGAGUAAGGAGGAAGAGGAGCUAAACCUCUGUGAGGUGAAGAUAGUGAAUCUCGCCAAAGCUUGGGAGAAGUUUCAGUCUGAAGCUUCCGGUUUACUUGUUUUGUCUCUUCAGUGGAGAGACUUGGAGGAUCAUUUGAAGUCAGUGAAAGGCAACGUGGAGAAGAGGUUCGUUGAGUUGGAGAACAGAAGCGUUGAGAUUGACGAGAGGGAGAAAGUGGUUGAAGCGUGGGAGGUGAAAGCUGAUGGCUUUAGGAGGGAGGUUGAGGGGAAAGAAGAGGAGUUGAGUGGUCUUAGGAUGUUGGUUGAAGAGUGUAGGGUGGAGAAGAGGUUGAAGGAUAGUGAACUUGAUGAGGUUGUGGAAAGGUUGAGGAAGACUCAGGGUGAGAUUGGUUUGAAAGUGGAAGAGUUAGUACAGGUUAAGAUUGAUCUGGAGAGGCAUCGUGUUGAGAUGAGCUUAGAGAUGGAUAGGGCUGAAACUCGCAGGAGAGAAUUAGAUAAGGAGAUUGAGAGAAAGACGAGAGAUCUGACGUUAGUUCAGGACAAGGUUGCGGAAAGUGAUAAGCUUCUUGAGACACGGUCCUUGGAACUUGCAAAGACUCAGGGUGAGCUUGAUUUGAAGGUGGAACAGUUAGGACAGGUUAAGAUUGAUUUUGCGAGGCAUCAGAAUGAGUUUACCGCAGAGAUGGAUAGGGCUGAAACCCGCAGGAGAGAGUUAGAUAAGGAGAUUGAGAGAAAGACAAGAGAUCUGACGUUAGUUCAGGACAAGGUUGUGGAAAGUGAUAAGCUUCUUGAGACACGGUCCUUGGAACUAACAAAGACUCUGUGUGAGCUUGAUUUGAAGGUGGAACAGUUAGGACAGGUUAAGAUUGAUUUUGCCGCUGAGAUGGAGCAUCUUAAGAGGAUUCAAACUCGCAAUAGAGAGUUAGAAGAGGGUAUAGAGAGGAAGAGGAGGGAUCUUGCAGAGGUUCUUGACAAAACUACAGAAUGUAAGAAGGUGCUUGAGACACGGUCCUUGGAACUUGUUUCUAAAGAGAAAGAGCUGCAAGAACUAAGUCUGGACCUUGACCUGAAGGAAGAGGUGGCCAAAUCACUAGACAACGAGAUGGAGGAGACUUGUCAAAAGACAGAAUCAAAAGCUAAGGAGCUGGAGGCCAUUGAAAGGAUGAUUAAUGAACGGAGUGGGCAUUGCGAAUCAAUAAAGCUGUUGAUUGAGGAACACACUGAAGAACUUGCUUUAAAAGAGAAGAGACACGAUGAGAUCAGAGAGGCUACUCUUAAACUAUCUGUGGAGAUUGCAUGUAAAGAGAAUACACUCACUAAGAGAAACAAACAAGUUGAGGAAGGAGAGAAGAAGAUACAAGAUUUGAACAACACCAGUGAGGAACUUAUCAGACAAGUUUUUUCAAUCAACGCGGCCAUAAGGGAAUGCACAUGCGAAUUAGAAGCUAAGAGGAAACAACGUGAUGAGGUUCAAAGCUCAAUCACAGACCUUACUGCUGUGCUGAAAUCUGCCGAGAAAAAGAUUCAAGAAAGCUUGGAAGACUUGAAAUCUACAGAGGAGAAGCAAGUCAAGUUAAAAGCAUCAUUGUCGGAACAUGAGAAAGGACUUGAGCUUAGAGCAAAGGAGCUUAUUGCUCGGGAGGAAAAGAUUAAUGAACAAGAUCAGAAAUUGCAACUCGCAAAACAGGAGUUGGCUAAAUGGGUCGAGGAUUAUGAGGUGAAAACAAAACAACUUGUUGCUCUUACAUCUCUGGAUAAACCGAUUGGGAACUCAAGGAAACGUGGGAGACAUGAUACUGAGUCACUGUCUCAGUCCUUCGAGCAUGUGCUAACAAGUUGCACAACCGGGCAAGAAAACACUUACAACUUCGAGAAGGAGAGAUCUCCGGACAAGUUUAAGAUUGAUCAAAUAUGGGCUGUUUAUAGUGAUAGUGAUAAGGGGAUGCCAAGAAAGUAUGCUCAGAUCAAGAAAAUCGACACAAGCCCUGAGUUCAAACUGCAUGUAGCAACUCUAGUGCUGUAUCGCCCUCCUCCUCCAAAUCUGAUGACACAUCCUGUGUGCUGUGGCCGAUUCAAGUUGAAAAUCGGUAAAGCAGAAGUCCUUGAACCUAGCAGCUUCUCACAUGAGGUUAAAGCACUGAAGACUAGUGUAAAUAGAUUUGAGGUAUACCCAAGAAAAGGUGAGGUAUGGGCUUUGUACAAGAGCUGGAACAUUACAGACUGUGCUGAUGGGUCUGAAGAAGAAGAACUUCAGAUUGUUGAAAUAGUGGAAACAGACGAGCAGAGCAUACAAGCAAUGCUUUUGACUGCUAAAUUGUUUAACCAGGUUCUCUACGGAAGGUGUCUUGAGUCAAAGGCCCGUGUUUUAGAUAUUCCAAAGACGGAAGUGAACAGAUUCUCGCAUCAGAUUCCUGCGUUUAGACGUGACAGAAGGGCGGCUCAGUCUGGAGAUUGUGAAUGGUGGGAGCUUGACUCUAAAGCAGUUCUUGAUCUUAACUCAAAGAAUCCAUAAGUCUCUUUGUGUUUUGGUAACCGCAUAGAUCUGUCUAGUUUCUACAUAAGUAGUGGAAUGUGAUGAUAUACCGGUAAAGUUUAGGAAGCAACAGUUCGUAAAUUUUUAGCUGUUGGUAUGAAAAACUUAAAGCCUUUGUAUGUCUACUAAAAAUUAGAGUAGAGUGAUAGAAAUGAAGGUGAGACUGAACUGAUAAUC